CAGAUCAAAAUACAUCGCGCCUAGAUCAUAGAUGGGCGGAAAAAAUUGUUCGUAAAGCUGCGAUAUAGAUGUUGUUUGUGGAGUGAGGUAGCGCUAAGCCCUCCAUCAGUCCAAGGCUCCAGCCGGGAGAAAAGUUGCGUGUAGAUCUACGAUCGCUUCAUGACCUUUUGUUCAUCACACAAAUGAGACGGAAUCGUUGCGACAAGUAACAAAAAAGGUUUACCUGACUUUCCAGUGGAGCGUGAUUUCGAGCAGGUGCUAGCAGCAACACCAGGGCACGCUGCUGUGAACUCAAACUAACUUGAUUUGGACGAGCAACGCACAGUGAAGCAUAGCGCACGAUCCGGCAGUUCACCGCAAUGUCGGAUAACGAGGUGCAAGUCACUGAAGCAGUCGAUGGUAUUGGUGAGAAAGCCGAAGGAGACAACACUGACAACAGCACACCAAGUGAGAAUGCUGCAUCCGGCGAUUCGAACAAGGAAGAGAAAGAAAAGGUUGUAGCGCAAGAAGUGUAUUUCGAAGAUGAAGAUGGUGGCGAUGGGAACUUGGACGCAGCGUUGGCUGAUGCCCUGGCUAUGGAAGAGAAAAUGGCAGGCGUUGUGCUCGAUGGCGUCCAUUUGCAAGAGUUGAUUGAUAUCGACUUAGCAGCCGUCGUUCUGGAUUGUGGAUCAGCCAACUGGUCUGUGGGAUUUGGUGGCGAGGAUUGUCCAAGAUCAAUCUUCCCAGCUGUAAUGGGACGACCGCGGAAGAGAAAGAGGCUUGGGAGCAGCGCUAGUGGUACAGCUGCUGCUGCUGUUGCUGCUGCUGAAUUGAAUGAUGCCAUUGAUGGGGUGUCCCUUGCAGAGGUCUGCUACAUUGGUGACGAGUUUGAACAGCAAGAUGACGUGGAUAGCUUCAUGGCAGAGAGUCCCUUACGCCAUGGUCGUGUCAAGAACUGGGAUGAUAUGGAGAUGAUGCUCGGAUACACGUAUAUGAAGCAUGCUCAAGUCAGUCCUGAAGAACAUCCUAUCCUCAUCACCGAGUCACCCAGGAAUCCACGGAGCAACCGAGAGAAGCUAUCCGAGCUCCUGUUCGAGACAUUCCAAGUGCCAGCAAUGUUUGUAGCCUUGCCAGCUAUGCUCUCUAUGUAUUCAUCCGGUCGUGUACGUGGUCUCGGUGUGGAUGUGGGGCAUGGAUGUAUGCACGUUGCGGCUAUCUUUGACGGUAACCCAGUGCCUCAUACCAUACAACGCAGCAAUGUGGCUGGUGCACUGCUAGAUCAGUGUCUUGCAAGCUACCUAACCGAGCACGGCUCAAGCGGUAUGCUACGUAAUUACACCGGGCAGAAGUUCAUACAGCACUUGAAGGCUGACACAUGCUACGUGAAGCAGCGUGAAGCAAGUGCCAUCGCCUCUUCACCAGCUAGCACACCGACUGCUGAUGCGAAGGACAUUACAGUGCCUGUUGUCAGUGAAACUACACAAGCCACAGCAGCAGCAGCAGAGGAGCGUGGUCCUGUGCCACUCACUCUACCUGAUGGUAACGAAGUCACACUGGACACCGAGCUACACCAAUGUCCAGAAUCGCUAUUCGAUCCCAGUCUCCUCAAUCUGGGCGUGCCUGAAGAGGACAGUCCGGGCAUACACAAGCUCGCAUUCAGCAGCAUCCGGAAGUGUGACAUUGACAUCCGCAAGGAGAUGUACUCAAACAUCGUCCUCUCCGGCCGCACAACGCUAAUGGACGGCUUUGUGGAGAGAUUUGAAGCGGAGAUUGCUGCGCAAGCUCCUGCUGCAGCUCAGGUCAAGGUUACUGCUACUUCCGAUCGUGAGCAGAUGGUCUGGGUGGGAGGUUCAAUUCUUGCUCAGCUGCCAAGUUUCGAGAAUACCUGGGUACCGAGGCAAACGUACUUGGAGGAAGGUGCAUCCACUAUGCUUCGCAGAUGUCCCUACUGACCGUGUCAAGCAGGUCAUGGACUGAUCUGGAUAGCUGUGACAGCCCAUGCUGGUCUUGUACAGCAAGCUGGACAUGGACCACUGUGGAUAGCUGUGAAUGCCCGUACUGGUGGGGGUGAAGUUGUACAGCAAGCUGGACAUGGACCACUGUGGAUAGCUGUGAAUGCCAGCACUGGUCGUGUGCAGCUAACAGGCCACGUGGACACCGGAUAGCUGUACACGCAGCGCAGGCCGAUGGAGGGGACUCUGGACAACUAUGAAAAAAGCCUGUGGCCUUGUACAAUAGUGUACAUGUGUACAUGUGUAUGACUUUGUGUAGUUCGGUGUAAUUAUGUGCUAGAAUCAUAGUGUAUGGCAUCAUUGCGCAUGAUGUAUAUAGCAAUGAUGAAGUUGAAUCCACACAUACUGUUUUCCUCUGCUCUGCUGACACUGCGGCUCCCACCCUGCAACAUGAUGUUUCUGUUAGCACAAUGAAGCUUAUCUCCCCCCCCCCCCCUCCCCUCCCGGUUACCGGGGUACUCCAAGUAUAUUAGGUUGCUAUAAUCCUGUCCACCCCCCCUCCAGCAGUUGUGGAUUUUUUCGAUGACAGAGAUUCACUGCUUUAUCGAUCUGUUUCUUGAUUUUAGCAUCACAUUGUGACAGGCUGUUACCUGCUAAUCCUGUCCUCCAACCCGGCUUACCUACUAACAUACAUGUUUGUGUCGCACGUCAAAACGCAGGGAUUUUCCGUGUCAAUCCAA